AUCUAUGUAUGUAUAGAUCAUGAUCGUUACGAUUAGUUCAGAUCAUUUGUGAUCAUCAGUUGCAAGCGACAGCUUGUUGCCUUACGACGUAAUUUUUGUUGCUCUGUGAUCGAGGAUAUCUUGUAAAUAGUGAGCUACAGGACCCUAACUGACAUCAUGAAUAAGAUCGUGAUUUUUGGAUGUACAGGAACCACCGGUCUCUGCGCUUUGAGCCAUGCGGUGGAGAAAGGUCUAAAGGUGACAGCAUUUGUGAGAGACAUAUCCAAAGUUCCUUCAAAGAUCAAGGAUGCGGUACAAAUAGUUGUGGGAGAUGUAACCAACCAAGAAGAUGUUUCAAAAGCAGUAUCUGGUCAGGAUGGUGUUGUUGUGAUCUUGGGUACAAGAAAUAACUUAGAGGCCACUACCGUGCUAUCAGAAGGAAUGAAAAACAUUGUGGCAGCUAUGAAAGAGCACAAGGUAGAAGUGACUUCUGUGUGCUUAUCGGCCUUCUUAUUUUACCCGCCUGAAAAGGUGCCAGCUAUUUUCAAACAUUUGAAUGCUGAUCAUGAACGUCAGUUUGAAAUUACCAAGCAAAGUGGAUUGAAGUGGAUCGCAGUUCUACCACCACACAUUGCAGAUUCCCCAAGCUCAAAAUAUGUAACUAAAUAUGAUGAAUCUGCUGGGCGAGCUAUAUCUAAGUAUGAUUUAGGCGCGUUUUUAGUAGAGAGUCUUAGUCAGCCCGAACACUAUCAAAAGGUAAUUGGUAUAGCAAAUUCCUCAUAACCACCAUUUCCGUUUGUCAUAUUUUAUAAAUACCGUUGUAUCCUAGGAAAAAGUUUGCUACAAAAUAUUAUUGAACUGUCUCACCACAAAUCAUAUUGUUAUCUAAACAUAGAAGUCUUUGCUAUGUCUUUUUGUUCAACAUCACACAUUCAUACUAUUAUCAACCAACAGAACACGUCAUUCCUGAGCGACUAAAACGUUGAAAUUUACCAACUUGCGUUUUGAGUUAUUCACAACUACAAAAAUUAUUCAAAACAGAUCUCUUACAGUUCUAAUCACUCAACAUUCCAGUUGACCGUGAAGAUAUUCUAAUGUGCAAUUGAACUAUGAGUUGAAUUAUUUUGGGUUUUAUCAAGCUUUGUAAAUAUAACUAUCAGUAAAUUGAAGUUAUAUCAAUCGUUACUUGUUUACGGAAUCAUCUGUAACAUAAAAGUCACUCCAAAAAGCUAAAUAAGUUCCUGGUUCGUCAAAACAUAGAAAGAUUGUUGACUUUCAGUUACUCUCACAACUUUGUGAUUGAGGAUAUUACUCACUGUAUAGGAUUAUAGACUGAAAAGACACUAUCCAGUAUAAAUAUAACAGUGUCAUUGGGUUUUGCAAAGUGCUUGGAAAUAGUACAGAAAUUAUAAUAUAUUGUAGGUACAUCGUUAAUACAUUCAUUUGUUACAUAAAAAUAGUCAGAAAAAUAUAUUUCAUUUACAAAUAAUAA